AGAGCUGAGAGGGAGUGGGAGGGGAAUGAUUUAGGCUAUCAUGAAAGGAAGAUAGAGACAGAGUGAGGAAGAGGGAUCGUGUCGUGCAGACGACAACAUCCUUAUUUCAACGGGGGCUCCAGUCGCUUGGUAAAGAGAGAGAAAAAAUCGUAACAUUAGAAAAGGCCAGUGGCCGUUAUUGACGCAGCGCGCGGCAUCAGCAGCGUCACUGGAGGAGGAAAAGAGACGCGAGCACGUCCUCAUUUAAAGCUGUUUUACAAAGGAGCUGAAAGCAUCUCUCGUCUGGGUGUGGUUGCGGUAAGAGGAUGAGGAUUCUGUUGUGUCUGCUGUCUCUCAGCUCUCUGGCUCUGAGCUACGCAUUGGGUGGGGAUGUGUGUGUGUCAGGUCAUGACAGUGGGCCGGUGUUUGAGGAGCAGCCAUAUAGUCUGAUUUACCCUGAGGGGAUGCCAGAAGGCAAGGUGACCCUGAGCUGCCAGGCUCGUGCCAGCCCUGCUGCUAUUUACCGGUGGCGUGUGAAUGGCACUGAAAUAGCAUUUGUUGAGGAUUCGCAGUACACACAGGUCGCAGGAAACCUUGUGAUCAAUAAUCCUCAGCAUGGGCGAGAUGGUGGGUCAUACCAGUGUCUCGCCAUCAACCGCUGUGGCACCAUUGUUAGCCGUGUGGCUAACCUCAAAUUCGGCUAUCUCCACGAUUUCCCUCCUGAGAGCAGAAGCCCUCAGACGGUCCAUGAGGGUAUGGGAACCUUCCUUGCCUGCCAGCCACCAGCUCAUUACCCAGCUUUGUCCUACCGCUGGUUCAUCAACGAGUUCCCCAACUUCAUCCAGCCAGAGUCGGGCAGAUGGUUUGUUUCUCAGGUGACGGGUAACUUAUACCUUGCUAAUGCUAGAGCCAAUGACACGGGCAACUAUUUCUGCUUCACCACCAUCAAUAUGGACAUCAGCACCAAGAGCAUCUUCAGCAAAGCCGUCCAGCUCACUGUUUACCCUGAAGCAAACCCAAGGAAAGCCUCCCCGAAUAUCCGAGUGCGUUUUCCUGCUGAGACAUACGCAUUAUCAGGACAAACUGCACAGCUGGAAUGUUUUGCCUAUGGCAAUCCCAUUCCUAAAAUCCGCUGGAGGAAGGUGGAUGGGAUUUUGCCCCCUAAGGUCGGAGCAAGUGCAGAAGGACCCAUCCUAAUUAUUCCUGAACUGAAUUUUGAUGACGAGGGCAUGUAUGAGUGUGAGGUUUACAACUCAGAGGGCCGUGAGACACACCAGGGACGCGUCUCUGUGCAAGCCCAGCCUGAGUGGCUUCAGGUCAUGAGUGACUCUGAGGUGGAAAUCAGUUCAGAGUUACAGUGGAGCUGUGCCGCUGCGGGCAAACCAAGACCCAGCAUUCGCUGGCUCCGUAACGGACAGCCCCUCAUCACACAGGACCGUGUGGAAGUGAAUAACGGGCGUCUGAGGAUCGGUAACCUCGCCCUGGAGGAUUCUGGGAUGUAUCAAUGUGUGGCUGAAAACAAACACGGCACCAUUUACUCAAACGCUGAGCUCAGAGUUCAAGUCCAGGCUCCGGACUUCAGGUUAAAUCCAGUGCGUAAGCUGGUCCCUGCUGCCCGUGGUGGACAGGUUAAAAUGGAGUGUAAACCUCGGGCGGCUCCCAAACCCACUCUCUUCUGGAGUCGUGGCACAGAACUACUGACCAAUAGUACUAGGAUAACAGUCACUCCAGAUGGCAUUCUGUGGAUCUUCAAUAUCAGUCGUGCAGAUGAGGGGAAGUACACCUGCUUUGCAGAAAACUACCUUGGCAAGGCCAACAGCACAGGACACCUGUCUGUCAGAGAUGCCACAAAAAUCACACUAGCACCCUCUAAUGCCGACAUCAAUCAGGGUGAAAAUGUCACUUUGCAAUGCCAUGCAUCGCAUGACCCUACUAUGGACCUCACCUUCACCUGGGCCCUCAAUGGAGUUCUUUUGGACCUAGAGGAACCAAAUGGACACUAUCGGCGCAUGGAGGGGAAAGAGACGAUCGGUGACCUGGUGAUUAUGAGCGGACAGCUCAGUCAUGCCGGCACAUACACCUGCACGGCCCAGACGGUGGUGGACAGCGCGGUGGCCUCGGCCAAGCUAGUCGUGAGGGGCCCACCAGGACCUCCUGGAGGUUUAGUGGUGACUAGUGUCAAUGACACAUCGGUUGAGUUGAGAUGGAGCCGUGGAUAUGACAACCACAGUCCCAUUGGCAAGUAUAUCAUCCUGGGCCGCUCGUCACAGACUCAUGACUGGAAGAGGAUGAGGACAGACCCUGCAAACAUAGAAGGAAAUGCUGAAUCUGCACGUGUCAUAGAUCUUCGACCCUGGAUGGAUUAUGAGUUCCAGGUUAUUGCUAGCAACAUCCUGGGAAGUGGAGAACCAAGCAUGCCCUCCCAGCCUGUCCGAACCAAACAAGCAGCACCGACUGUGGCGCCCAGUGGACUUGGUGGAGGUGGUGGAAACCGUAAUGAACUUAUCAUUACUUGGACUCCCAUGGUUAGGGAGUAUCAGAAUGGAGAUGGCUUUGGUUAUAUCCUGGCGUUCAGAAAGCAAGGCAUGCCAACAUGGACGGUGGUGAGGGUGCCACAUGUGGAGUCAUCACGAUAUGUUUACAGCAAUGAGAGUCUGUCAGCCUACUGCCCUUUUGAGGUCAGAAUCAAGGCCUACAACAAGAAAGGAGAAGGUCCCUUCAGCCAGAUUGCAGUAGUACACUCUGCAGAAGAGGAACCUACCGUGUCCCCACGCAGGAUUAAUGCCACUGCUCUGACAGCUUUUGAGAUUCAGGUGUCCUGGGACCCCAUUCAACAUCUGAACAUUAAUGGAGUUCUUCGGGGUUAUGAGAUUCGUUAUUGGCGGCAACAUGAACGCGAGGCAGCUGCGGACCGGGUGAGAACUGCAGGGCUUGAGAACACGGCACGUGUCACGGGUCUGAGGCCUAACACUCUUUAUCACGUCACCGUAUUGGCCUACAACAGCGCAGGCACUGGCCCACCCUCCCCGAGAACUACUGUCAUCACCAAGAAACCUCCCCCCAACCGUCCUCCAGGUAAUGUCUCAUGGAAAGUUGAUGGUUCUUGGGUUACUGUGAGGUGGGAUCAUGUUAAAUCCAUGGACAAUGAGUCUGCUGUUCUGGGUUACAAAGUCCUUUACAAGCAUGAAGGGCAGUCUGCCUUGAAGAUACUAGAGAAAAGCAAGACCUCCAUCAGACUGCCGCUACCCAAGGACAAUGGUUAUGUGGUUUUGGAGAUCCGCUCUUGGGGAGAUGGAGGAGACGGAGCAGCCCAUGAGACCAUAGUGUCUCGAGACUCAGGCACUGGAAUGAUGGUCCAGAAAAGCGCUGGCACUUCAGGACCCCUCUGCACGUCUGUUCUGGUGGUCACUGCGCUCGUUUUCAUUGGCUCGUCAGGACUGUGAUGUUAGCCAAUGAUGAGGCAUUUCUUAUUAAUAUCACAGAGAAUGGAGCAGGUUUUCCUCAGAAGGGGCUGGGCUGUGGGUGGUGGGGGUUUUGAUGAGGGACGUCAGAAUGGUUGCGUGGGGUGUAAAGUUUUCGAAAUUUUGAGAGGUAGAAGAUUCUUUUGUAUAAAAAGGCUUUUUUACAAGGAUGACUGCUCAUUGUGGAAUACCAAGAGAGUUGUUGUGGAAGACUUUUUGAUUGUGUUUUAAUUUUAGACGCUUGCCUUAUGGAAACUCAAACUUGACUGGUGGUCUUGUCAGCAUUUGGUUGUAGUUUCUAAAAUCCAGCAACAGCUCUGACUUGUUGAUUUCCUCAUAGGUGUAAAUACACAUAGAUGUAUUGGUGACAUUCCAUACUGGAUAAAACAAAACCUUUUUUAAUACUUUGUUGCUACUUCAUGGCAGCAUGUGGACUGCAAAAUGAUCCAAAUGAGUGUUUACCUUUUUUAUUUAUUCUUUUCAUUUUUUGUGACAAUGUCAUUGGAAGCAAGAGCGGAUCAUGAUUUUUAUUAACAGUGUUUUGUAUCUGUGUCGAAUGAUUGUAGCAUUCUGCCUUUCCCUCAGUGUUCUAGUUUUUAAAGAUGAAAGGUCUCAUGAACACAGCGGUACAACAGAAGCUGAUUUUUGUGUUGUUAAAGUGGGCUUGGCUUGCCAAAGUUAUCGCUCUGUUAUCUCAUUCAUUAUUAUUAUUGCUUUUUUUCCUCAAGGCUUGCAUAAAAAUGACGUCCAUGGGCUGUUACUUUCUUUCUUGGCACAUUACAAAACACUGGACAUUGAUCAAUACUGAAGAUAACAUUCAUGGACAAACUAGUUAAUUAUUAUCCUAUAAUAUCAUCAUUUAUUAUAAGGUAUUGUUUUCUUCCAAGGACUGAAUCAUUGUCUUGGAGGCUGCCACUAAUGGUGGAAUCCUUAUCAUACAGGUUCCAUUGGGCUUAAGGAAUUAGGAAACGUAUGGCUAACAUUAAAUUAUGUUGGUCCUAGUGAGGGUUCUGGGGGUCUGGGCUCUGUUUGGAGUGUUUGGAUGCCCCUGACAGUCUGAGGUCCCAGGACACUUGCCUGGUCCAGCUCUGCCUUUAAAAAAAACAACAUAGACAUAGAUUUUUUUUCUCUUAUUUAUGUUAAUAUUAUUAUUUUUUAAUUAAUUAAGACUAAAAAUUCUUUCAAUACUGUGGCAUCAACUAAUAAAGUACAAACUGAAAUGCACUUUCAGUGUAGCAGGUCAAAUCUGACAGUAUUUAAAAUCAUUCCAUGUGCAUAAUUCUACAGUUCUUUAAAGUUUUUGCAUCUAAUUUCAGUCUUAUCAGAAAUCAAGAAGGUAAAAUGUCUGAUUUAUGCUUGAAUUUUGUAUAUAUUUCUUUCUUUUCUCUCCUCUGCAUUGCUUUCUAUUAGUGCCUGUUCAACAGGGUGAUUUUCCUUGUAAUUAUAUAUAUUUUUUCUAUUUAAUGUAUUUAAUUUUCUAUUGUUUUCAUUGAGUUGUUACUGUAAAUAUUGACAUUUUCUGUGUCUGAGGAUAGUUUGAGCUCCUUUAAAGGGUUAGUUCACCCAAAAAUGAAAAUUCUGUCAUUAAUUACUCGCCCUCAUGUCGUUCC